AAGUAGGAACCAAAGUGCCUCGGAACCUUUAUGUCUAUUACUGUAGGAGCGGGGGAAUGCUAUGGGUGCAACAAACAGAACACAAACAAGUCAUUCAAACCGCUGGUCGACGGUUGACAUAAUUUGAAUUAACUGACGCUAUGUCAUCUCUUUAGGCUGAUGUACUUUUAACGGUUUUAACGGCUAGUAGUUAGCUCGCGGUGACGUCAGUUGUCCGUUUGAACAUGAUAUACCAUAUUCCCUGGAUCUACACACCGGUGCGGACUGUACUGGCAAUCUGGCACCAGCUGACCAAGACCGAGAUCUCAGAGCUGGCAAAGGGCUCGGUGCUGAUGAGGGAACGCAGCAGAGUGGAAGAGACAAUCCACGCCAUGCAGCGAGCAGGUGCAGGCAGCCUGCAGGUAAUCUCAGACUUCGAUAUGACACUGACCAGAUUUGCCCACAACGGAAAGAGAGUUCCCACCACGCACAACAUCCUUGAUAACCGGUUGUUGAUUGAUGAAGAUUGCACUAAAAAGAUGAAGGAGCUGUUGAACACCUACUAUCCCAUAGAGAUUGAUGCUAGCAGGGCUGCUGAAGAAAAGCUGCCUCUCAUGGUGGAGUGGUGGACUAAAGUCCAUGAGCUACUGAUUCAGCAGAGGAUCAGGAAGGAUAUGCUCGCCCAGGCUGUUAAGGAAUCCGGUGCUAUGCUCAGGGACGGCUACAAAGUGUUUUUUGACCGUCUGACAGAGCAGCAGGUCCCUCUGUUGAUCUUCUCGGCUGGUGUUGGAGACGUCCUGGAAGAGGUGAUUCGACAGAACCACGUCUUCUACCCCAAUGUCCACGUCAUCUCCAACUACAUGGACUUUGACCAAACUGGGGUCCUGCGAGCCUUCAAAGGCCAACUGAUCCACACCUUCAACAAGAGGGAAGGUGCUCUGUCACAUGCAGCUGGCCUCAGAGAGCUGCAGGGUCGACCCAACGUCCUGCUGCUGGGAGACUCUUUAGGAGACCUGACCAUGGCCGACGGCGUGUCUGAGCACCAGAACAUCCUCACCAUCGGCUUCCUCAACGACCAGGUGGACGAGAGAAAAGAGUCGUACAUCAACUCCUUUGACAUCGUACUGGUGAAGGACGAGACGAUGGACGUUCCCAACGGCAUCCUCCGAUACAUUACUUCAUCAAGAGACAACAAGUAAGAAGCACAAGGAGGAACUUCAUGACAACAUACACAGACUUGUUCACUCCAGUCACCAUGUUGCAUGCUGGACAAUCACACGUAACCACUUACCUCAAACCGGAACUUGAAGCUAGACUCAGUCAGGAUAGCUUUGAUAUGCAGUUAAAACACUAUGUCCAAAGGUUUAAAAUAUCUAAAUUAGGUCAUGCAUUUUCAACUUAGUUUAGAAGAAUCUGUUAUUUAUACCAGUAUUGCAAUGUCACAGACUAUUAGAGGGCUGGGUUUCAGGAUGUCUUGAUAGAAACAGUAGAAUGGCAAUGUGCAACGUUAAAGUGUAUAUUAUACUUUGCGCCUCCGUGAAGGUCCGCUGGUGUCUGCCGUGUAGCAUGCAUUUCGUCAUCAGAAGGUGAACGCGUAGGCUCUGUACGGUCGUCCGCGUACCGCCAAUUUGUUGUGACCGUAGCGUAGCGAUCUACUGCGCAUGUGUCUUGUCCUCCAACCGGACAAACAAAACUACUAUGCGUCCACGGUGUCCGCAGUCGUCCGUAUACGCAUCCGUAUACGCGUCCGUGUACGCGUCCGUAUACGCGGCCGUACACGCGGCCGUACACGUACAGAAUUUAUAAUAUCUUGUUUCAAAUGUGUACAGUACAUACAGUACAGUACCAGCAGACCUUCCUCUGAAAACAAAUCAACCUCUUAAAAAUAUCAAAAUGAACAGUUACAGGGUGCAUUUCUAAAUUUCUGUUCGCUUUUCAGCACAAAACAACUUUAAAAUGUUUACUUUGUGGUUUUUACAAAAUGAGGAUGCUUUUUAAAUAUAUUUUACAUUACGCUUGUGUACGAGCAAAGACGUAAAACACAUUUUAUA